UUUCAUUGAUCCAUUACUUUCAUAAAAAAACAAAACAAAUCAAGAAAAAAAAUAAAAUGUUCGGUGUUGUAUUCCCAAAUCGGAGCUUUCCGAUCGAUAUCUCUACAUUCACUCAAAUCGAUACUUUCCACUGGCUUCUCGACAUGAACACCUUUGUUGGUGAAGCAUACGAUUCAAUCGGAGAAGUUUGUAUAUUCCUUUUAAAUAAUUUCACACUUCCACCAGAUAAAGCCUUAGCUGUAUACAUCCAAUCACCUGGCUCGCCAUUCGUUUUUGUCGGCGCCGUAACCCUAACUCGACCGUCCGCCGUCUUAUCACUUCAAUGGCCUGACGCCGCCGCCGUUGACGGCGGCGGCGGCGGUCUGCUCACGUCACCUGACGCCCCGCCGCUUUCGGCGAAAAUCGGGGUUUCUGUUGAGGAUUUAGCGGCGCUUCCGUCGCUAGAUGUGUCGGCGGAGAAAAAGAUCCAACGGAUGGCGAUGAAAGUUGGAGAGAAUUUGUUUAAUUUUAUGCAGUCUUUUUGUGGUGUUGAUGGUUCUAAGCUGGUUGUUCCAAUGGAUAUUUUGGAUCGGUGGUUUAAAAAGUUUCAGGAUCGUUCGAAACGCGAUCCUGAAUACUUGAAAGGUUUCGCUUUGUGACUUUGUCGCGAUUUUGUUAGUUGUUAGUAGUUAGUUUUUUUUUUCCUUUUUUUCAAGUAAAGGAGGAUGACUGGAUUUGAACCCGAGACCUCUAGAAUUGCGGCAUUUCUGCUACAUUUAGUAUGUACUUUGUUUCUAAUUGUUAAAUCUAGUUUUCUUGUUACGUACACUUUGUAUGUUUGUUACAUUUUAAUCUAGUUUUAGGUCAACAAUUGGCUCAUCAAAUCUAGUUAUAGUGACUUAGUGUGCGCAAAAGCUUAUUUUUUGAAAUAGAACUUUAACUGAAUAGCUUCUUACAUA